CUCUGCAACGAAGAAGCUCCCCUCUCUCUCCGAUGGACAUUUCAUUGACCUUCACUCCCUCCGCCUCGCUCAACCGCCACCGCCGCCCCUUUCCUCCCGGCGCCGGCGCCGGCACCCGCCGCCUCGCCUCCGCGGGAUGCCGCCGCGCAACGACGUCAGGCGAGCUCCAGACGGCGGCCGGGCCCAACGGCCGGGGCGGGAGCUACCCGGCCUCCGUGCCCGUCCACAAGGUCACCGUCCACGAUCGGCAGCGAGGCGUUGUUCACGAGUUCUCCGUCCCCGAGGAUCAGUACAUACUGCACACGGCCGAGGCUCAGAACGUCUCCCUUCCUUUCGCUUGCAGGCACGGUUGUUGUACUAGCUGUGCUGUUCGAAUAAAAUCAGGACAACUCAGGCAGCCUGAAGCACUGGGGAUUUCUGCUGAAUUAAAGUCAAAGGGGUAUGCACUACUCUGUGUUGGCUAUCCUUCCUCAGACCUUGAAGUGGAAACACAAGAUGAAGAUGAGGUCUAUUGGCUUCAAUUUGGAAGAUAUUUUGCACGAGGACCAAUUGAUAGAGAUGAUUACGCUCUAGAGUUAGCUUUGGGUGAUGAAUAAGCCGACCAGAUGUGCAAUUAGAGACGAUAGUUCGAGAUGAUUUCUCCUUUCCCGAGUCGGACUUUUCACUAUGAAACAUCGUUCUAUAAAUAACAGUUAAUUCUCUCAAUAGUAGCCUACUGUACCUACUCUUAUUGUUGGCAAACGAGAUGGUCUUCCAUA